CUUUAUCAUUUGAUGAGGAUGGCGUCGAUUGUUGAAAAUUCGUCAAAUGGAAUGUGCCGUUCGUAUCAUAGAAUUUGUAGCCCAGCAUUUCGAGAGCUAUUUCUGUGAUUCAGCUUAUUUCGUUUGAAGAAUUAUUUUGGCAACACUGGCAGCUAACAGCUGUUUCUACUGCAGGCGUCAUUCUUGUUACCUGCACAAUUUAGAUGUUUUUUAAUACCUGCAAUAAUAUAAUCGUAAAUAUGCACUAAAGAUAAAGCAAUUUAUGAGGUCGACCUGCGUGUAUCUCAUCAAAACCGAGCCAUGAAGAUCAACGAGAAGAAUUUGUGCGUUUUUGCGAAAAAGCCGCCGUAUGAUAUGGAUGGUUUUCUAAGAAAACGGGGCGAGGGCAACCGAGCAUUUCAGAAACGGUACUUUGUGCUGAAAGGUAACCUUCUAUUCUAUUUUGAGACGCAAUACGAUAAGGAGCCACUGGGCCUAAUCAUUGUCGAAGGCUGUACCAUAGAAUUAACAGAGGAUGUGGAGAGUUAUUGUUUUGAAAUUGCAUUCAAUGGUAAUCGUACCUACGUAUUGGCAACCGACACGCAGGAGAGCAUGGAGGCAUGGAUGAAGGCUCUAACAUGCGCCGGUUACGAGUAUAGACGCGCAAUUCUUGAAAACUUGCAGCGCAAGCUGAACGAACUAGAAGAAUCGAAAAACCGUGCUGUUAGCGCUACCCCAAAUGCGAGGCCUAAUCCGCCUCCUAGACGACAAAAUCCUUUUGAUCGUCGUGCGCCACCACUGCCCCCCGAUGCUAAGUCAAACGGAAAAACUGGCGUUGCUUUGCCAUCAAUGGCAUUUUCAGUGGAGCAUUUUGGUCAAAGUUUGACACUAGACAAUGGCAACAACAACAACACAAAUUGUUCGCGCACUGAUGCAGGCCGACGCAGUGAAUUCUUCGUUCCAGCAGCGGCUGUCACGCCUAUAGCGCCAACAGUAUUACCACGCAGUAACAACAACAAUAGUGGCAAAGAUAACAAAAUGCUGCAGGAGCAGAGACGGGCUAAAGCCAUGGCGGCGUUUAAGGAGAGGCAUGCUUUUUUUAAUCAGAUUGUUAUGCGUGAUAUCAACGAUUACCGUGCGCGCCUUAAGCCACUUGUGGACAUAUGAUGGCCAAGGAGGAGAGGCACGAAAAUUUACAAAAACAGAAACAAACAUACAUAUGUAAGAUGCCAAUACACUGUAUUAUUAUAAACUUUGUGCUAAAUUGAGAUCCUAAACAUUGUUAAUUAUAUCUAUUUAUGUUCAAUAUACAUACUUACAUUUUUA